AGUUUGUCCAUGGCGUGCUUCACCUGACGGCUUUGCAAUUUUUAAUCUCCACCAGGGCUCGCCUCGUCACUUCCCUUUUUGCAUUGCAUACUCGGACGACCACUGGGCGAGACAAUGAGCUUACAACUUCUUCAUAACGAGAAAAGCGACCGCGAUGGGUCUUUCGUGAGUAUCACGACACCUAAGAGUGGCCAGGAAUUUGAUCGUGCUGAUGAACCAACGCCACAAACAAAAGAAGAAGCCAAGAUUUUGGUUAAGCUCGUUGGACCCGUGAUGAUCACUACGUUUCUUGAGUUUCUCCCGGGCUUUACGUCAAUCAUUCUUGCUGGAAACAUGGACUCGCCACACUCUCAACACUACAUUGAUGCUGCAACAUUUUCUACCAUGGCGCUGAACAUGACCUCGCUCUCCGUCGGGCUCGGACUCGCAUCAGCACUAGACACGCUCUGUUCGCAAGCCUAUGGGGCCAAACGAUACGAGAAGAUCGGCAUCUACUUCCAGACUGGAGUCAUCGUACUCACCGUCUUUAUCAAGAAGACAGGAACUUGGGGGGCGCCAAAGUGAAAGUGCCGCCCCCGCAGUUCAGACGGAUGAAAGCUUCUAGAAGCUUCCACAGCCGUCCUACAUCUGCAUGUGUAUUAAUUACUAUACUAUACAUUUCAUAGU